AAGACGAUUCUGAACAGAAAUAUACGGAAAAAAUAACGUCAAGCAAAUUACAGGAAAAAUCUCCAACGGUCUCUCUCUCUCAAGGUCGCCGCCAAAAAUGGCGGCCGCCAAGAAAAAAACUCCGGCGCCGCCGAACUCUGAGCUAAUGAACUCAAGGGUCUGGAUCUUUUCCCUCCUACUCACACUCCAAUACGGAGUUCAGCCCCUCAUCUCGAAACGCUUCACCAGUAGGGAAGUGAUCGUAACGUCGUCGGUUCUGACGUGCGAGAUAGCCAAGGUUAUCUGUGCCCUAAUUUUCAUGGCCAGAGACGGUAGCUUGAAGAAGGUGUACAGAGAGUGGACUUUGGUUGGUGCGUUGACCGCCUCGGGGCUCCCUGCCGCCAUAUACGCAUUGCAGAAUAGUUUGCUGCAGAUUUCUUACAAGAACCUUGAUUCCCUCACCUUCUCAAUGCUCAACCAGACUAAAAUCAUUUUCACUGCCCUCUUUACGUAUUUGAUUUUGAGGCAGAAGCAAUCGAUUCAACAGAUUGGGGCGCUCGUCUUGUUGAUUAUGGCAGCUGUCCUUUUAAGUUUUGGGGAAGGCUCCAAAAAAGGGACUAGUAGCGGCAGUUCUGACCAGAUAUUGUUUAGUGGGAUUAUUCCCGUUUUGGUGGCCUCUGUGCUCUCAGGUUUGGCGUCCUCUUUGUGUCAAUGGGCUUCCCAGGUUAAGAAACACUCAUCGUAUUUGAUGACCAUAGAGAUGUCUAUUGUGGGAAGUUUAUGCUUGUUGGCUAGUACCUCUAAGUCUCCAGAUGGAGAAGCUAUCAGAAAACAUGGCUAUUUUUAUGGAUGGACUUUGACGACUUGGAUCCCAGUUAUGUCCAAUGCCCUUGGUGGAAUUCUUGUUGGCCUAGUCACAAGUUAUGCUGGCGGCGUUAAAAAGGGGUUUGUUAUUGUUUCUGCCCUUGUUGUUACCGCUAUGCUGCAGUUCAUUUUUGAAGGGAAACCACCUUCACUGUAUUGUGUCCUGGCGCUUCCUCUCGUGGCCAGCAGCAUUUCGAUAUACCAGAAGUAUCCAUACCGUGUUAAAAAGAAAGACGCGUAAGUCCUGUUGCAACAUCGGGGGAGUUGUUUUAGCCCCCCUGAUCGAAACGGCUUUAAAUGGUUUGGACAUAUUGGAGUUAGUUGAUUCCAGAACGGUGGAGAGGUAUUGGAAUUUAUUGAUUCCAAAUACAAUCACGCAUUGUUUUCGGGUUAAAUAUUUGACCCGGGUUCUCAUUUGGUUAGAUGCCUCUUUGACCGGUGUCGCAACUGAUACGAAGGUAAUUGUAAUGUUUUCUUGUUGUAAUAGUCCAACAGAUAAAUGAAGAUUUUUGAGAUGAUAAUUUAUCAUUGCAAGAAAAUUGGUUAA